AUGUCAUAUAAAGCAGUUGGAACUGCUAAGCAUCUGCUGGUGGGAUGUAAGGUACUCCUGGACAGAGGCCAAUACUCGCGUCGUCACGAUAGGGUUCUAGAAGUCAUACGUGAAGCGGUUAGUCUUUCGGUAGCCAGAGCGCAAAAGGAAAUAACCACAAACGAACGAUCAGUAGGUUUUGUGAGAGAAGGCACUAGGGCUACAAAAUCAAACGUCAAGCCUUACUCCAUCCUUAAAGCGGCGUCGGAUUGGACUAUAAUGAUGGACACGUAUGAAAAGCAAUAUAAAAUCCCCGAGGAUAUUUGUGCGUCGGCCUCCAGACCGGAUAUAUUUUUGUUUUCGCGAAUUUUAAAGCGCGUAGUGAUGAUAGAGCUUACGGUCCCUUGGGAAACCAACAUCCCCAAAGACCAUACCAUCAAGGUCAACAAAUAUUACGAGCUCACAAACGAACUCACUCGAAAUAGGUUCGUAGUAGAUUUGUACGCGGUAGAGGUGGGAGCGAGAGGUAUAACAGCGAAAUCUCUCUACAACCUACUAAAGGACUUGGGCUUGUCCAGAACUCACAUUAAUGCAUUCUUGGAACGUAUAUCGAAGGCAGCCCUAGUAGGUUCUUUUCAAAUUUGGUUAGGUAGGGAGAGGAGCUUGGACAGUGGAGGUGAGCGUAUAACGCGCGUUAGUUAA